AUGGAAGAGGGAGGGGAGAGCUAUGAGAGGAUAAUGAAGACCCCAGCAAACACUCUGCUGGCGGCAGAGCCCGCUCAAUGGCCGCUGCAGUGCUCGGUUGACACUCGAAUUCACUCAUUCCUGCUGCUCAUCGCUGGCCUUGUUUUCAGCAACGGGGUCCAUGCAGGCAUGGCUUUUGACGACAAUAGUGCUAUCAUCGCCAACCCCGACACCCGCGCAGACAAGACAUCGCUCGGCUCCAUCUUUUACAAUGACUUCUGGGGAACUCCGCUGGACCACUUCGAGUCAAACGGGUCGUACCGCCCCAUCACCGUGCUAACCUUUCGCAUUCAGCACUGGUUGAUGGGCUACCGCCACAGCCCAGCCUUCCUCCACGGCUUGAAUUACAUUGUCGCAUACCUCAACGUGUGUCUCGUCUUUUAUCUCGCCCGCCUGUACGUCUACGUGGUGGUGCCCAGGGCGGUACUCUCCGUUGAGAAUGCCAAAGCGCAGUCCUGCGUGGCUGUGCUGACCACUCCUGUUCAUGUGGUGCCGCUGAUGGCGGCUCUGCUGUACCUCGUCCACCCCGUCCAUGUCGACGCCGUCACGUCCAUCGUGGGGCGGUGUGAGCUGCUUUACUGCUUCUUUGGACUGAUCGGAUUCUUCGGCAUCCACAGGUAUCUGAACCAAGUCGAUGCGCUGACCAGCAAAGCCGCUGGGACCCCAACUACCCACGCAAAGAAGCCGAAAAGGGAGCGCUUACACCGGAGAGGGCCUCACAAGCGCGUUUUCAGUAAACUUUAUGUUCUCUUGUCCGUCUUGGCACUUGCAAUGGGCAUCCUCUGCAAGGACAGCGCUGUCACGUUCACCGCCAUCUAUGGCGUGCACGCAUGCGUCAUGUACGCCUGUGGACGGUGCCAGAAGCGCCACUCGUUGACGGUGAUCGUGCUGGCUGUAGUGGAGCUGCUCGGCUAUCUCGCCUUUCGACGAGAGUUCAUUGGCAACAUCGACCUACGGACGAGCCCGCUGCUGAGUCAGACGGAGCACCCGCAGUACUUUGUGCCCAAAGGUCUCUUUCACUGGCUCAGUAUUCGGUGGUUAAUUCAAGUGACGAACUUGAGGCUGCUCUUAUUUCCUACAUCGCUGUGUAACGAGUACAGCUUUGAUUGCAUCUCACAUGUGUACACCAUGCACGAUCCACGCGUGCCGGGCUUUCUUGCGAUCACUGGCGCUGCCGUGCUUACACUGCUGAGUCUGUUGCUCGGCACUUUUGCGUACCGCUCGCGCGCCGCGCUGGUGGGCCUCGUCGGCUUCCUCUGGAUGGCAAUCCCUUACGCUCCGGUUAGCCACCUCUUCGUGGCCGUUGGCACCUUCAUCGCGGAGCGCUGCCUGUACGUGCCGUCUAUUGGCGCGGUACUGCUCAUCACCUUCAUCGUGGCCGCCCCGGGGCUUCGCCGGGGGGUCGUGACUCGCUACUUCUACACGCUACUGUUGCUGUGCGCUGGCUGGGGUGUCUUUUCCUACCGACGCAACGAAGACUGGCAUUCGAACGAGCACUUGGCCCGGGCCGCCACUCGUAGUUGCCCCAAUAGUGGGAAGGCACACUUCCAGCUCGCUGCCGCCGUCGCCGCCCGCGAGGACCUCGUGACGCCGGAGGUGGUAGCUUUGGCGCGGCGUUCGCUGGAGCUAGAUCCGUCAUCACACCGUGGCUACUACCACUUGGCUCUCUAUGAACUGAGGGUUAACCACGACACGCGCACGGCGUACGAGUACCUCCGCAAGUGUAUGGACGACCUGUUUGCCUACAAGCCCUGUGAGGAUCUUUACGAGCGGGUGCGCAAUAUCCUGCACCCCAAGAUGACCGACAUAGAGCAAUACGUGGAUCUCGCCACUAUUGUACCCCGCGACUCGUACAAGGCCGUAUACCUCCGCCAGGCCGGCAUCAUAGCGCUGCAGCGCGACGCCAAACCGUGUCUGGCCAAGACACUGCUUCACAGCGCUAUGACCAGGUGGAAUAAUUCAAAGCUGUAUUGGAUGUCGGACGAAGUGAGUCGGAAGGCUGGGGAUGUCACGUACUGCAACGCGCUCUACUGGUACGAGCACUCAGUCUUGGAGUGCGAGAAGCAGUCAAUGCCUGGCGUUGUCGACUCGGCGAGUGCAGAUGAGGAGAGCGAAGGAGGCGACAACGGCGCUGAUUCCAGUAGUCCGCAGCCGUCGAGGAGGGGGUUUCCUCCUACACCGCAGGAGGCAGUGCGUCGAGCGGCGACCGCCGCGGAACUCUUCCGUCACUGCGGCACUGACUGGCGUAGCUUCCUAGCCCAGCCAAGGUACAACUACCCCACAAUCCCAUAUCGCAUGACUUCGUACAUUUCUGUUGGGAGCUACACUGCCGCCUUCAUCGCCCACUUUAUCAACUACACCGCGAGCGAUACACCGGAACGGAAUGCGGUGCUGCUAAGCUACCUAGACACGACGGUGCGCCUGUACUCUCACCUCAGCACUUUCGUGCAUGACGACUACGUGGCUGAGAAGCUAGGCCAGCUAUUCAAGGACCAGACGCAGGCCGUUAUGCGACAAUCGUCGGUGGCUCGCCGUACGCUUCUCGGCAACCUGCACAUGCCUCUGCGCGAGCUCCAAAGUGCCAGUUCACUCAGUAUCACUCAAACAGAGACGCUCCGGCGUCUUCUGGCUCUCUCUCCAUGGGCAAGCGAGCUCUUAUCCUUCACUUCUUAG